AUGAUCGCAGCACAUCGUCGCAGACGCCGCACGUCUACCUCGUAGCCGGUUGCGUAGCGAUAGUUUUUCUCGCGUCGCGCGUCAGCCGCGUCACAGGGUGAGAUCGCGCGGAAGCGAAGGUUGCGCCCGUGACCGCGCCCGCCCGCCGCCGCGGCGAUAACGGCCCUCGCCGCAGUCGCGCAGUAUCGCGCCGCGCUCGCUCAUCCUCGGACCUCGGGCCUCGCACGGAGCCCGCGCAGCGCCCGCCACACGAGGACCAGUGAAGUGAUGUGCCGCCGAUGAUGUGUAGGCGGCGAGUGAGUGCAGUGAGAGUAUGCGCGCGAGGUGACAGCCGGCGCCGGGCCUCGCGAGCCUAGCCCGCCAUGUGGACGCUGCUGCCGCCGCUGCUGGCGCUGCUGGCGCUGGCCGGCGGCGCCGCUUUCACGCCCGACCGGGACCUGCUCGAGUGCGCGAGCCAGAUCCUGUACAUGGACCAGCAUGUAUACGAUAUUCCAAAGAGCUACAACAGAAACAACCCACCCGAUAAGAACACGACCGUUUACGUAGGGGUGAAUGUCAAUCGGGUGUCCGGUGUUGAUGAGAAUAAAGAGGAGAUAACACUAGACGUGUUCCUGCAAGUAUCAUGGGCUGACAGCAGGCUCCACGUGCCUCCCAACAUGCCCUUCAUAGACCUGCCCUGGGAGUUCCGAGCCCUCAUCUGGACGCCAGACCUCUACAUCUGGCAACUCCAGACCAUGAGGAUCCUCUCGGUUCUCCAAGAAAUGGCGUCCUUGAGACUCUACUCCAACCGCACCGUCUCAGUCAGUAUUGGCGCCACAAUUACAAUAAAGUGCGAGAUGGACUUCGUUCUGUAUCCUUUGGACGUCCAGAACUGUGCCAUGGACUUCAGUAGUUAUAAAUACACGACGCAAGAUGUGCGUUUCGAGUGGCGCGCGGUGUCGCCAUGGCUGGGCAUCGGGCCCGUCGGCAGCGAGCAGCGCAACCACUUCCGACUUCCCAAAUAUGUGGUCACCUUCGUCACGGACAAAAGUAAUCAUAUUCGCACUUUUGGUGAAGGUGAGCAUUCUGCAGCGCGGCUGCAGAUCAAGCUUUCCCGAGAAUUAAGGAGUUACCUUUUAGAGAGCUAUUUGCCCUCUUCCCUGUUCGUGAUCAUCUCAUGGGGCAGCUUCUGCGUCAUCCCAGAGAUCGUGCCGGGUCGCAUGGUGCUACUCGUCACGACGCUACUGUCACUCGUCACCAUGUUCGACACAGUCAGGUACACAAACUCUCCUGAUGCACUUGAGUUAAAGUGUAUAGAAGUGUGGCUGAUCUCAUGUACUAUAUUCGUGUUCCUGGCACUCAUGGAAUACUUCGUGGUGCUGUUUGGAAUCCGAUAUGACAAGAGCUGGAGUCGCCGGCGAGCGGACUUGCGCCGAGCUGCCUCCGCCGCGCAGCUUGCGCCCCCACCCUUACAUAUCAACCACUCCCAGAGGCUGAGCACACCUGUCACUGGCACCCCACAGGGCGGCGUGUUCUCACCCACGCUGAGCGUUGAGGAAGACGGGUUCAAACAACAGAUGGAACAUCAAACCAUACAGAGGGAUUCACCGAUUCUGGAGUCAAUGCCGUCAGGAAACGGCCCUAGCAGUUUCCUAAUGCGGUUGGGCGCGAAGGUGGAUCGAGGCGUCAUGUUUUGUGGCGCCCAACAUGGGACUCUCGAUAAGUUCGCGCUCAUGUUAUUUCCCAUGUGUUUCGUCCUAUUUACCAUCAUUUACUGGACCACAUACCUCAGUGAGGCGCAUCGCGCUUCAGCCGCAAGGUUUAAGUGAACAAUACAGUUUAAGUGAACGUACAUUAGCACGUGUACUUACAUCACCAAGUUUGUGAUCAAAGUGCCUAAGCAGACGUUGUGACGUUGUUGUAAAUAUUAGACGAAUUACUAGUCGAAUUAUAAAUAUAAUCGUGUGACCCCUGUAUUGUUAGUUACCUAAUUUGAUAAAGUGUUGAACAUUUCUAUCGCGGCGUUAUUAUAUUUUUAAGGUUAUUUUAUCGCAAUUGUUCAAAAAGUUUCAACGAAAUUGUUAUAGUGUCUUUAAUCUAGUUAGAGCUGUAAAUGUGCCUUGUAACGAUAGGGUUACGAUUAAAUGAGUUAGAUACUAUGACGCUAGUAAAUUCUAAAGUUAGAAAUAAUCAUGGAGAUGCUCAGAAUAAGAAAACAUUUCGAAAGUUU